AGACACACACAAAGGGUUGUAGCUAAUUAGCUAGUCUCGUCGGUCACAAAGCGGUACGGAGUUGCCAUCUAUCCGUGACUAGUGAGAUCUUCUUCACUCUGCUUCGAUAUUCGAAACCCUAGUUAUUUUGAAGCAAUAAAAGAAGCAUGGCAGAGUUCAAGAACGACGAAGAAGAAGAACACGCAUUGCCUACAAAGCGAAAAUCUGAUAUCUGCUCAGUAGACAAAGACCAAGACGAAGGCGAAGAUCUAAAGAAGAAGCAGAAGUUGGAAACUUCUUCUGACGGAGAUAAUGAUGAAGACGACGACGAAGAAGAGGAUUACGGCGAUGAAGAUGAUGAUGAGGAGGAGGAGGAGGAGGAAGACGAUGACGAGAAUUCGGAUGGCAAGGCUCAAAUUGAUAGCAAGGGCAAAGGGAUUUUGAGGGAAGACAAGGGUAAAGGGAAAUUGAUCGAAGAAACCGAUGAUUCUAGUGAUGCUGGGAGUGAAUCCGAUGGCGACGCCGAUAGUGACCUCUCCGACGAUCCGCUUGCCGAGGUCGAUUUGGAUAACAUUCUCCCUUCCAGAACUCGGAGGCGGGCCGUUCGGCCUGGUGUCUAUCUUUCUAAUGAUGCUCACAACAACAACAACAACAAAGACGCUUAAUUGAAUGAGACGGGUAAAAACUAAACGAAAUUUGUAAUUUCUAUUUCAAUCCGGAGGUAGUAGUAGUACUCUUUGAUGAGAUAAAAGCAAAGCUGAUUCCUUGUUUUCGGUUCGACACUUCUACCACAAUUUAUUAAUGCUGUCUAUCUUGAUUAAUCUAGGGUUCCUCUCUAUUAUUGCCA